CCGCCGCCCAUGGGCCUGGUGCGGCGCGGGCCGGCCUGCGUGCGGGCCAUGGCGCGCCUGGGCGCGGUGCGCUCGCACCACUGUGCGCUGCUGCUGGCCGCGGCGCUGGCCGUGUGCGCCUUCUACUACCUGGGCUCGGGCCGCGAGACCUUCUCGAGCGCCACCAAGAGGCUGAAGGAGGCGCGCGCCGGAGCCCCCGCCGCGCCCUCCGCCUCCGCCUCCGCCUCCCUGUCCCCGGCCGCGGCGGAGCUGGCGCGGGGCUCGUGGGCGCCGGCCGGGGGCGCCAAGGCCAAGGGCCUGGAGGGCGGCGGCGCGGGCGCGGCGGACUUCCACCUGCUCAUGAUGUUCACCAAGGCGGAGCAGCACGCCGCGCUGCGCGCCAAGGCCCGGGUGGCGCUGCGCUCGCUGCUGCGGCUCGCCAAGUUCGAGCCCCACGAGGUGCUGCACCUGCACUUCGUCAGCGAGCCGGCCAGCCGCGAGGUGGCCAAGGCGCUGCUGCGGGAGCUGCUGCCGCCCGCCGCCGGCUUCAAGUGCAAGGUGCUGUUCCAUGAUGUGACGGUGCUGACAGACAAGCUCUUCCCUGUGGUGGAGGCCAUGCAGAAGCACUUCAGUGCGGGCUCUGGGACCUACUACAGUGACUCCAUCUUCUUCCUCUCGGUGGCCAUGCACCAAAUCAUGCCCAAAGAGAUCUCACGGAUAAUUCAGCUGGACCUCGACCUACAGUACCAAACCAAUAUUCGGGAAUUGUUUGAGGAGUUUGACAACUUCCUGCCAAGCGCUGUCAUUGGCAUAGCGAGGGAGAUGCAGCCUGUGUACAGGCACACGUUUUGGCAGUUCCGCCAGGAGAACCCCAAGACCCGUGUUGGGAGCCCUCCACCCAAUGGUCUACCUGGCUUCAAUAGCGGGGUGAUGUUGCUGAAUCUGGAGGCCAUGCGCCAGUCAUCGCUCUACGGCCACCUGCUGGAGCCAGGGCAGGUGCAGCGGCUAGCUGACAAGUACCGCUUCCGCGGCCACCUCGGGGACCAGGACUUCUUCACCAUGAUCGGUAUGGAGCACCCGGAGCUCUUCCACGUACUUGACUGCACAUGGAACCGGCAGCUGUGCACCUGGUGGCGGGACCACGGCUACAGCGAUGUCUUUGACGCCUACUUCCGGUGUGAGGGCCAUGUCAAGAUCUACCAUGGGAACUGCAACACCCCCAUACCUGAGGCCUAGGGUCAUGUCUGUCCCCUGAACCUGGGAUGAAAGAGAGAUGUGCCUUUGGGACAGGCCCCAGGGUGAAUCCCGAAAGAGCCACUGUGAGAGGCAUCUGAGAGCCGACAUUCCCACCCUGGGGUUAGGCCUUCUCUGUGUUGAUGGUCCAUAGCUCUGUCUUUCUAAAGGGCUUGACAGACAAACAGGAAGAUAAGUUUUUGGGUGCCUGGGAGCAAAAGUUGGCAGAGAAGGAAGGACAGGAAACCCACCUCUUGCUUUCAGUUCCCAAAGAAUGAAAGUCUCUUUCAAAAGUCUUUGGGGGUCUUUGGGGGACCAAAUAGAAAUUUAUUUCCAGUGAGCAACCUUCCACUGGAAAUAAUGGAAUGACCAUAGCUCCUA